AUGACAUCGUCUGUUGAGAACAAUAUAUCGUCAUCUUCAGAGGAUAAAUUCGUAGAACCAUUACGUUUCUGGAUUUUUCUUCUGCUUGACAUUCCUGCAAUUGCGUGUUCCAUCUUCGCACUCUAUCACAUCUUUAAACAGCGGAAACUACGAGAAAGUCUGUAUAACCAUACCAUAAUACUUAUACUUUCUUUUAAUACGGUCUAUCAACUGAUCGAUAUUCCAUUACAUAUACAAUAUUUUCGAACAGGUGCUGUUCGUCCAACUUCAACAGCAAUUUGUCUCAUUUGGUGGUUUAUUGACUAUGGCUUCUUUUUCAUUGAUCUCGUUUUACUCAUGUGGACAUCAUUUGAACGACAUCUUCUAAUCUUUCACAAAUCAUUGGUAGAUAAUCGUGGAAAACGUUUGCUCGUGCAUUAUCUGCCAUUAUUUGUGCUAGUUAUUUCGAUGCUUUGUUUCUAUAUCAUAGUCAUUUUUGCACCACCGUGUCACAAUACCUUCAACUUUUCACAGAAUUACUGUGGUACACCUGGAUGUUACCAUUCGAUCCCGAUUUUGGCCAUGAUAGAACGAAUUGGUUUUGCUAUAGUACCAACGUUUCUUAUCACUAUUUUGAGCGUAGCAUUGUUCGCACGCAUUAUUUGGCAAAAGCAUCGAGUUCAACGAAAUGUGGAAUGGCGAAAGCAACGGAAAAUAACUAUCAAUACCAUUCUUAUGUCAUCAACAUAUUUAUGUUUUGACUUACCACUGUCCAUUAUCGACAUUGUUCAUUUAAGUGGUUCAACUGAUUGGGCUAAUGAUGCAUUGCCAGCACUCUACUAUCUCUCGUAUUUUCCCAUUAUGUUAUUACCGUUCGUAUGUCUUGGCUCCAUACCCGAGUUGCGCAACAAAAUAAAAAUACUCAAUUUACAACAAAGAACACACAUUACGCCAACAGUGGCACACACAUAA